GGCCGCGGCGGCUGCGGGCGGCGCGCUCGGACGGCGGGCACGGCGCGAGCUCCCUUGUGCUCGGCGGCCCCAGGAUCGCAGCGCGCACGGCGCACGGAAGCACCGCCCCGCGGACGCCCACCCGGCCGAGCCAAGUAAGCCGGGCGGCGCGGAAAGGGGCCAUCGAACGCCGGGGAGAGGCUGGGGAAGGAAUGGGCGUUCCCAGCCCGCAGAACUAGUUUCUAAGUUGAAGGAAGAUCCCUGAACGUGCUGUCUGCGCUGUGGCUUUCUGGUCGGGGGCAGAGUUAAAGGCCCUGACCAUGACUCUGAACAAUGUCACCAUGCGCCAGGGCACUGUGGGCACGCAGCCACAGCAGCAGCGCUGGAGCAUCCCGGCCGACGGCAGGCAUCUGAUGGUCCAGAAAGAGCCCUCCCGGUACAGCCAGCGUGGCCAUCACUCUGCCACCAAUGAGGACCACUGCCGCCGGAGCUGGUCCUCUGACUCCACAGACUCCGUCAUCUCCUCCGAGUCCGGGAACACCUACUACCGGGUGGUGCUCAUAGGGGAGCAGGGGGUGGGCAAGUCCACUCUGGCCAACAUCUUUGCAGGUGUGCAUGACAGCAUGGACAGCGACUGCGAGGUGCUGGGAGAGGAUACAUAUGAGCGAACAUUGAUUGUUGACGGGGAAAAUGCAACAAUUAUACUUCUGGACAUGUGGGAAAAUAAGGGGGAGAAUGAAUGGCUCCAGGACCACUGCAUGCAAGUUGGGGAUGCCUACCUCAUUGUAUACUCCAUCACAGACCGGGCCAGCUUCGAGAAGGCGUCUGAGCUGCGAAUCCAGCUCCGCAGGGCCCGGCAGACAGAGGACAUUCCCAUCAUUUUGGUUGGCAACAAAAGUGACCUGGUGCGGUGCCGAGAAGUGUCUGUGUCAGAAGGCAGAGCGUGUGCUGUGGUGUUUGACUGCAAGUUCAUUGAGACCUCUGCGGCUGUCCAGCACAAUGUGAGGGAAUUGUUUGAGGGCAUCGUGCGGCAGGUCCGCCUUCGGCGGGACAGCAAGGAGAAGAAUGAGCGGCGGCUCGCCUACCAGAAAAGGAGAGAGAGCAUCCCUAGGAAAGCCAGGCGCUUCUGGGGCAAGAUCGUGGCCAAAAACAACAAGAAUAUGGCCUUCAAGCUCAAGUCCAAAUCCUGCCAUGAUCUCUCUGUGCUCUAGGCACCCAGAGUCAUCCAGAUGUCCCCCUAAUAGACAUCACUGAAGGCCAGUGGGACCAAUAAUCUAUAUUAGAUUGGAUCCUUAAGGAUUGUUAGAUGCGGCUUCCUUUUUUGCAGCUGGAAAUUAGCAUGUUAGCCUCGUGGGCGACAUAAUGCAUGGGAAAUGAAAGAUCUUUGCAAAGAGUCAGAGUUUCUUUACAGGAAUAGCCUGACCUUGUUACUUGAACACCCAAGACUCAUGAGAGGAUGUGUUUGGUGUUCACAUGUGUUUCCUUUCUCCCUUGGAUAGUAGAGAAUUGAAGCCUGCAAAAGAAUGACUAGAACAAGAAUUUUUCACUAUUAAAAUUUUGCCCAGUGUUCUGAUACAUGAAUUUAAGGCCAGUGGGUCAUAAAACAAAUACAGGAAAAUCAUCAGAGGAUUUAUUCAAAGGAGGGAGAAUGACUCGCUUUACACCUUGUAUAUUCAUGGAGCUAGGAUUGUAGAACUGGUCAUGAUCAUGAAUAACGAUCAUGACUAUUAUUGCUCCAUCAAGCUGUGAAAAGAAAUGAUGGCCCUUGCUGAAAACUAAAGCUGAGCAAACAACUUUGGUUCAGUGCCCAUAAUUAGGGAUCUAGAAAUUUGUAGAAUUGGGAGCUGAUAACCUGUACCACUUAUGGUUCAACAAUUAUGUCUUUAUUUCUGUGUCUUAAAAUUUUUCAUUUAGGGGAAAAUUAUUUUAAUCAAAUUCUACUUAGUCAAAACACCUUUUAUGUUUCAUUAUUUUUAAAAUCAUAGGAACAUCAUAAAAACAUUUUUAGAUCUGAAUUAUUGAUAACCUAGAGUGCAAAAUGCCAAAUUUUUAAGUAUAAUCAAAGGUCUGAAUUUUUAUAAAACACAAAGCAUAAAUAUUUCCAGUCUUUGGGUUGACCAUUGUAUGCCACAGCUCUGCUCUAUUUAUUAUUAUUUUGCAAAGUAAUAACCAUUUUAACAUUUGAUAAAGCAUAUUUAUGAACAUAUUUCUUAGUAAGAAAGAUGUCCAUUUUAUUACCAUUUUCUAUCUUUUUCAGAAUAUGCAAGUUUUUACCUAUGUCUUUUAUAAAAGAAAUAAAACCUUUGGGAAAAAGGUC